AUGGCCGGACAGGCUGAUGAGCACCGAGGUGAACAUACCAUUCGAGCCUGGUUGUCGAGUAUCGCCGCAGACGACCUGGAGACCAGCUCGAACCUGCUGGCUCUGACAUCUUGUCUAUUCCCUCAUCGACGGCGCGAUCGAGUGUACGGCUUGCGGGAGAAGUCACUAGCCGACAUUGCCAUUCGUGCAUGGUCCGUCGGCCACAGUCGUGCUCGACGCCUUCAUGAAUGGCAAUCAAGCUGUGGUGCUCCAGACUUUGCUGCUACUGUCCGGACACUGGUGGAGGAGGGAGGCCAAGUUGCACACGUGCGUGGUCCACCCACGUUAGAAGAGAUCAAUCACGUGCUGGACCAUCUGGCAUCUGGCUGCCCUUUCUCGUCGCCAGAGAUUCGAGCGUCGUUUCGACAUGAAAGCAACAGCCCACGCCAGGGCCUUAUUGAAAUGCUGCAACGGAUGAGUGGCUUGGAAGCAGAAUGGAUGUGCCGAUUGAUUUUGGGCAAUCUAGGUCAUGUCCAAUUGCCGGAAGAGCUGGCGAUGAAUCUACUCCAUCCUGCAUUCUGGGCCGCUCUCCAAGUACAUGAUGGUCUCGUUGACGCUGUGGCACUGAUGAAGCCUCCCCAUAGAGACAGAGAGUCAGGAUUGCCACGCUGGCAAAUAUCGGAAUGGCGACCACAGGUGGGCACUGCUAUCCGCCGUCCCACUUUUGAAAAAGCCCGAAGCAUCCCGCAUUGUCGUCAACUGCUCGGGCGACAACUGGUCUGUGUUGAGCGCAAAUAUGACGGAGAAUACUGUCAGAUCCAUGUUCGCCGCCUGCCAGCAGGGGAAACAGAUAUCAAGAUCUUCUCCAAGAGUGGACGGGACUCGACCGCAGAUCGUACAGCACUCAUUCCUACGAUUCAUCAGUGUCUUAACAUUGGAAAGCAGGACUGUCAAGUCAACACGAGAUGUGUACUGAUUGGUGAGCUGGUGGUCUGGAAUGAUGCGCAACAGGACAUCAUGCCGUUCUACAAGAUCCGCCGAUACAGUCUGCGGGCUGGUCGACGUCUUGGUUGUGGGCGCGACUCACCUCCUCUGCCUGAGGAGCAUCUGAUGAUCGUGCUCUUUGAUUGUCUACUCCUCGAUGAUGUCGAUUGCAUAUUCGAACCAUAUGUGCAACGACGAAAGCGACUGGCACAUGUUGUACGUCCUUUGCCAGGACUUGCUGUGAUCAGUGAAUACACGCAGAUAGACAUGAGCAGCGACGAUGCAACUAGUCAAAUCACACACCGACUAGCGCACGCGAUUUCUCAUCAAUGGGAAGGACUUAUAUUCAAGCCUUCUGAAGCGCCCUACUUCACCCUCGAAGGGCGCCAGCAGCAUCAGGUGAAAUUGAGAAAGGACAUGAUCCCAGGCUUAGGCGAUGCGGCCGACCUCGUGGUCGUUGGGGGAGCUCACGACGCAACAUAUGGCGCAUCCGAGUGGUGGACGACUUUGUACCUCGCAUGUGUUGAUCCGCCCGCAAAAUACGCAGACGAUCCGACAUUGCAUAGCUUCCGUAUCGUUGCUGCCGUGUCGCGACCUGCUAUUACCCUUACAGAUAUGCGGUUCCUCAAUCGACAUGGAAAAGCGCACUACCUGACACCUUUCGACGGGUCUGCCACUCCUCACAUUGAGACUGAGCUGACAGGCCAGCCUCCUCUCAGCGCGAUUUUCAUGCGCCCUCUCGUGGUCGAAGUGGUGGGGGCCGGUUUUGACCGUUUGCCAAACUCCCGAUUUGAGAGCCUCCGGUUUCCGCGUGUGGUCAAGAUUCACCUGGACCGAUCGUUCCGCGACGCAACAACGACUGAGCAAUAUCUCCACAUGGCCGAGCGAAGUCAACGCGGUGACAACGAGGCCGAUGACACCAGCUUUCAAUACUGGCUGUCUCGUUUGACUGAAUGCGGAGAUCGGCCGGACACUUCGAGAUUCGCAUCGGGAACUGCUUCAUGUUCAGCAAAGUGA